AUGAACAUGAAAACUCUUGCUGUUACACUGUGCUGUCUCUUUUCUGUGGCUUGUGGCUUUCAGCCGCAGCAAGCUCCAUCUUCAACGAAGUUGCAACCGUUGCAAAUGACAAUGGAUCGACGUUCUUUACUGGCCACGGCCGUAAUUCCAAUGAUACUGUUAAAACCAGAAAUGGCUCAAGCCGGUAUUGAUCCUACUCUUUUAAAGUCUUUGCCAGUGCAAGGAGACGAAACAGGCGCCGCUCAAAGGUUGCGCCAAGUGGAAUCCAUCCAAAGACCAGCUUCAGAUUUGGUGCAAAUGCCAUUUGAAGAAUUACCAAGUGGAGUCAGUUAUCGGGAGUAUCGAGAGGGAAAGGGAGAAGCAGUCGUCCAAGAAGGUUCCAAAGUUGCUGUUGAAAUGACUAUCCGAUGCAAGAGUUUUGCUACGGCCAAUGAACCAGGCGGCCUCAAAUACUUCUCCACCAAAGAUGACACGGAGUUCAAUGAAUUGGCCUGGACAGUCGGGCGUGGAGAAUCCCCACCGGGCCUCGAAGAAGGAAUGAUGGGUAUGCACAAGAAUGCCGUGCGUCGAAUUGAAAUACCUUCCACCAUGACCUUUGCCGCACGAAACGCCAAUCAGCUGCCACUGCCAACUACGAAGGAUGGGAAACGGAGAUUCGAUCAAUUGUUCAAGACCGAUGCCACGUUGCUUUUUGAGGUGUUGGUCACGAGAAUCAAAUAA